CGGGAGAGGCAGAUGUGAAUUACCGGCGACAACUCCCGCGUUUUUGUCAUUCGUGCUUUUUGGCUAAUGCCUUCUUGCUUAAAAGACAACACUAAUUUGAUGUUCUCCAAUGGCGUCGCGGAUCGCCAUGGUCGCAACUUCGACACUUCUUCUUCUUCGUCGUCUUCGCCUCUUGCGUAGCUCAAACUGAGACAAACCCAUAAGGGAAGAUGGAGAUGCAACAGCUCCUGAGCAUGGGCUUCUCCGACGAGUUAGCCGCCGAGGCGCUCGCCGCCACCGGCGGCAAGUCCACCCUCCGGGCCACCGAGUGGAUUCUCACCCGGCGGUCGUCCUCGUCGUCGUCCUCGCCCUCACCGGCCACCGCCAACCCUAACCCUAGCGCUAGCCCCAAUCCGGACCCGCCCCCGUUUCAGCCCAAGCUCGACCGGUUCUUCCACUUCCACUCCAAGCCCUCCAAUCCUUCGCCUCCUUCUCCUCCUCCUCCGCCUCGGACAGGGGCGCGGCCGCGGGACGGUUCGCCGACCCCGACUCCUCCCGAUUCCAAGCGUCCCAAGCUGUUUUUGCCGCAGAACCCGCAAUCCGUUGUUCCCAGAGGAGCGGCGGGGAGGAAGGAUUCGCCGCCGCACGAGCCCUUGGCGGAGCGGAUGCGGCCUCGGACUGUCGAUGACGUCGUCGGGCAGGACCAUUUGCUGGAUGGGAGCUCGCUCCUGCGAUCGGCGAUCGCAGCCGAUCGCCUGCCCUCGAUCGUUCUGUGGGGGCCUCCAGGUACGGGCAAGACCUCCAUAGCUAAGGCCAUUACGAAUUCGUCCUCGAGGGUCUCGGUGUAUCGAUUCGUUUCUCUGUCUGCUGUGACUUGUGGGGUUAAGGAAGUGAGGGAGGCGGUUGAGGAGGCGAGGAAGGCGAGAGUCAAGAGCAAUAAGAGAACUGUGCUGUUUGUGGAUGAGGUGCAUAGGUUUAACAAGUCGCAGCAGGACUCGUUCUUGCCCGUGAUCGAAGAUGGGAGCAUCGUGUUCUUGGGGGCCACCACGGAGAACCCGUCUUUCCAUUUGAUCACGCCCUUGCUGUCUCGCUGCAGGGUCCUCACCCUCAACCCUCUGAAACCCCAUCACAUAGUCUCGCUCCUUGAGCGGGCGAUAGGCGAUUUGGAGAAGGGGUUAGCGAGGAGUGCCGAUAUGAAGGUCGAGUUGGAGGAGGAUGCGGUUGAGUUUCUGUCCACUAAUUGCGACGGUGAUGCCCGGGUGGCAUUGAAUGGCUUGGAAAUUUCGGCCAUAACUGCUGCUGCGCGGGCGUCCGAGCAGCAGCUGAAAUUGAAGGGUGUGAAGGAAAGCUCUGAUGGCAAUUCGUUGGAAGAUGUGGGAGACGGGAUUGGUCCACCUGUGGCGAUCGUUACGCUGGAUGAUGUGAAGGAGGCACUCCAGUGUAAGCACCUAGCUUACGAUAAAGCUGGAGACGAGCAUUACAAUCUAAUUAGCGCGCUUCACAAGUCUAUGAGGGGAAGUGAUGCGGAUGCUGCCAUUUACUGGUUGGCGAGAAUGCUGGAAGGAGGUGAACAGCCUCUUUACAUUGCGCGGCGAUUGAUCAGGUUUGCAAGCGAGGAUGUUGGUUUGGCCGACCCGUUGGCUCUUAAUCAGGCUGUUUCCUGUUACCAAGCUUGCCAUUUCAUAGGGAUGCCAGAAUGCAACGUGGUUCUCGCGCAGUGCGUCGCCUAUUUGGCUUUGGCUCCGAAAUCGAUCUCUGUUUAUCGAGCGAUAGAAGCUGCGCAGAAGGUAGUGAGAGAAUCUGUCGGGCAAAAUGAGGGAGUCCCACUGCAUCUGAGAAAUGCGCCUACCAAGCUGAUGAAGGAAAUCGGAUAUGGGAAAGGCUACAUAUAUCCUCCCAACAAUCCUCAGUCGGCACAAAGCUACAUGCCACCCUCACUUCAAGGGUACAAAUUCCUGGACAUGCCGAGAGCUAACCCCCCAUAAAUGAGGAGCUCUGAAGCUCCCACAGAGCAGUCUUUGGCGCUGUAACUUUUGCUCGUUAGGCAGUUUUAUCCGUUCCCAACUUUUGUUUGGUUGAACGAGUUAAAGACCCUUUUUUGCCAGUCGCGUUUAUGAUCGCCUUGUUUGUUUUGAAGUAGGCCGAUAACAAGCACUGUAAAAAGUAUCUCAAGGCUGUAAUUAUGAAGCUUGUGAAGACGAGUUUAGACGCCGAAUGUGCGAGACUCUUUCUUAGC